AUGCGGUGGGUAGGAGCUCUGGUGAUGCUCUGUGGGAUUGUCUUGGUAGCUGCCGACACCAAGAACUAUUUUACCAGUCCCGCCUCGAACAAUGGCAUCAACCCUGUAUAUGCUAUCGGAGAUGAUCUGCUCGUGUCAUGGGUUACAGAGCUAGGCGUGUUCAACAUAACCAUCUGGCAAGAAAGUUUGGUUCAGCAGAGCGCAGCAAGUCAAGGAAAUAUCUACUCCAAAAUCCAUGCCAGUGACGAUGUUUCCAAUUUUACGUGGAAUGUUCAACUUUACGGCUUUGAUCUUUCAUACUCGAACGUCUUCUUUAUCUGGCUCAAUCCGGACGGACCAGAUGGCUUUGUGUCUACAUAUUUCAAUAUCACAAAACCAACCAAGUCUGCCACAACCACUGUCGUUCCUACACCUACCUCUCCACAUGGCCUCAAUCUGGCCUCGCCGCCCCCCUCAUCCUUAACACCAUCGCCCUCCUCAUCGCCCUCCUCAUCACUCUCCUCAUCAACCUCCUCAUCCCCCGAAAUGACGACUACGAGCAAGAUUGCGCUUGGUGUUGGCCUCGGUCUCGGACUGCCGAUUCUAUGUGCAGUCUCUGUUCUGGUGUGGCUGAAGCAUCGACAGUCUAACGACUAUAGCAAUAAAGCUAUAGCCCAAAUGGCAGCUCCGCCCUGGCCCACACAGCCCGCUUUCCCAAUAAUGCGGCAGCGGCACUUUGCCUCGAGUGAUUCUCAGCCGGUUGAAUUACGUGACUGGCGAAAAUCAAAUGCUCAUUACGAGUUGCCGAAUUCGCCAUAUAAAUAA